AUGGACAAAUUGAAAUUUGAAUUCAUAGUAAAAUCGAACGAAGAUCCAAAAACAAAUGUAAUAUGCAUAACCUCAAUUACGGAUAUGAACAACCGCAUAUUUGCAAUUCCGGAUAAAUUUCAGCCGGUAAAGUUCCAUGAGACAAUUAUGAAGACUGAAACUUUUCUGAAAGUAAAAACUACAUUACAAAGAAGACAUGAAAAAAGACAAGUAUGGAUUUCAUUAACACCAGAAAUAAGAAAUGUUUAUAUAGAUGUAAAUGGAAAUACGCAGUUAAAUGGGUAUUUACUAGAGGAAAUUACUGCGGAAACCGAAACUGACAGCUACGACUGGAAUUUCUGA